CGCAGAACGGGGAUUACAAAACCAGGAGAGGAUAAUAAGCGCUACCUUGACUCCGCCAUCAUGACAGAUAAGGAGGAUCUUAAGAAAGGGAAGAAGAAAGCCAAGAGUGGCACGGUGUGUGGGUAUCCUCUCAGCAUUUUCUUCAUCGUUGUGAACGAGUUCUGCGAGAGGUUCUCCUACUAUGGCAUGCGCGCCGUGCUGGUGUUGUACUUCAAGUACUUCCUGCGAUGGGACGACGACAUGGCCACCUCCAUCUACCAUGCCUUUGUGGCUAUGUGCUACCUGACCCCCAUCCUUGGGGCCAUUGUGGCCGACUCCUGGCUGGGCAAGUUUAAGACCAUCAUCUACCUGUCCAUCGUCUACACAAUCGGCCAGAUUGUGAUGGCUGUCAGUGCUGUCCAUGACAUCACGGAUACAAACAAAGAUGGGACCCCGGACAACAUGGCCUUCCAUGUCGCGCUGUCCAUGGUGGGCCUGUUCCUCAUUGCUCUGGGAACCGGGGGCAUCAAGCCUUGUGUCGCUGCCUUCGGCGGAGACCAGUUUGAAGACCACCAGGAGAGGCAGCGGAGCACUUUCUUCUCGGUAUUCUACCUGUGCAUCAAUGCCGGGAGUCUCCUGUCGACCAUCAUCACGCCAAUCCUCAGAGCCCAGGAGUGUGGCAUCCACAGUCAGCAGAAAUGUUAUCCGCUGGCCUUCGGUGUCCCCGCAGCGCUCAUGGUGGUCGCUCUCGUGGUGUUUAUCAUCGGGAGUGGUAUGUACUACAAAGCUGAGCCUCAGGGAAAUAUCAUACUGGAUGUGUGUAAAUGUAUUGGGUUCUCCAUCAAAAAUCGCUUCAGGCACAGAAGCAGCCAAUAUCCACAGAGGAAGCACUGGCUGGACUGGGCGGAGGAGAAAUAUGAAAAACUCCUCAUCGCUCAAAUCAAAAUGGUGCUCAAAGUCCUUUUUCUGUACAUCCCUCUCCCCAUGUUCUGGACACUGUUCGACCAAAAGGGCUCCCGAUGGACCCUCCAAGCCACCACCAUGGACGGGAACUUUGGAGCCCUCACGCUGCAGCCUGAUCAGAUGCAGACGGUCAACCCCAUCCUGAUUCUGACUUUGGUGCCCCUCAUGGAAAGUGUUAUCUACCCUCUGAUCAGGAGAUGUGGCCUGAACUUCACACCUCUGAGGAGAAUGACAGUUGGGAUGUUUCUGGCCGCCAUGGCCUUCGUCGCCGCCGCGCUGGUUCAGAUUCAGAUUGACAAAACGCUGCCCGUCUUCCCAUCAGCCUCGCAGACUCAGCUGAAGCUGCUUAACACGGGCAGUGACCCCCUGACAGUAAACCUGCCCAACAACCCCGCUGUGCAACUCGCUCCAGCUCAGGCUAGCGAGAAUUACUUCACAUUUGAAGAGCAAACGAUCACCGUGUCGGUGGGCAGCCCUCCAACGUCUCGAGAUAUUCCCCUCGCCACCGGGAAGCGCCAAACGCUUCUCAUCCCUUCAAACACCAGCCACGAGUGGACGCUGACCGAGGACCUGGAGGCCAAACCAGAGCAAGGCAGCAAUGCCAUCAGAUUCGUCAACGGGAUGAGCGCGGCGGUGCGUGUGUCUGCCGGCGGUGCCGACUUCGGAUCCAUUCAGCCGUUUUCCUACUCCAACUACUCGCUGAUACGAAACGGGAAGAUUGUGUUCACCAUAAGCAGUGGCGCGCAGUCGUGCGAAUACACCCGGCAGUUCGGAUUUGGAAGCUCCUAUACCCUUCUUCUCACCCGUAACCUCACCUUUGGACCCGGGUGUGAGAACUCCAUCGCUGAGGCGGAAGACAUCAAGCCCAACUCGGUUCACAUGGCCUACCAGAUCCCUCAGUACUUCCUCAUCACCUGCGGCGAAGUGGUGUUCUCUGUCACAGGUCUGGAGUUCUCCUACUCACAGGCGCCCAGUAACAUGAAAGCGGUGCUGCAGGCCGGCUGGUUGUUCACCGUGGCAAUUGGCAACUUUAUUGUGCUGAUUGUGGCCGAGCUCGCACAGAUCCCCGAACAGUGGGCAGAGUAUGUCCUCUUCGCCUCUCUCCUGGUGGCGGUGUGCGUUAUCUUCUCCGUCAUGGCCUACUUCUACACGUACAUCGAUCCGGCAGAGGUCGAGGCCCAGUACAGAAAGGAAGACGAGAAAAGUGACUCGGGCGAGGCGGAUAAAAAAGACCUUGAGAUGGAGAAGACAAACUCGGUGAAGCUUCGUGAUGAAGCCAAGCAAACCAAGAUGUAAACAAGCUGGAGAAACCUGGUUCAGUAUCCAUACUGGCUUCAUAGCUGGAGCGGUCUGACAUAAUCGUGCCAGCAUUGUCUACUUCUCUGUGUGUGUGUGUGUGUGUGUGUGUGUGUGUGUGUGUGUGUGUGUGUGUGUGUGUUUGUGUGUGUGUGUGAGAGAGAGAGAGAGAGAGAGAGAGAAAGUAAGAUACAGAAUGAAACGCAACAAAAAGAGCACGGUUAUAUCUGUUGUAUUACAUUGUUUUGAUAUGAAAAAUGCCACCACUAGCUUUGUUGAGUGUUGUACACUAAGGAAGACGAGAACAAUAAUAAUUUUUUUAAAAAAGGGCCCGGGGACAUUUUAUUUAACGAGCGGAUGCACUGCAAAUAUUGACAUGUAAGCUACAGCGGAAGAACGCUAUUGUUUUCCAACUUGGGUCUUUUGUAUUCGUAUUUGUAUACUUUGUGUUUGUCAUAAUAACUGAGUUCAAUGGAAAACGUGAGACAGAACAAUAAACUGCCUGUUUCCCAUCCGCAGCUCAGUGCUUUA